AACGACAUGUGAGAAUGUCCGGAGCAAGCUCAUACACGAGGUGCAGUGCACCCUCGCACAUGGUCUCAAAUGAUGCAAUCCACGGCUUCACCUUGCAACCCACGGCGGCACGUUGCAUCGCGGAACAAACGCCAGCCUUGUCCGCGCGCUCAGCUCUUCCCUCCGAUCACCCUCCCCGCUUUCCCCCUCCGCACGCGCGCAAUGCCCGCCGCUCCCCCUCCCUCCUGCGCACUGCUGCCCCCUCUCCUCGUGCUCGGCGUGCUCUCCUCUCUCUGCCUCGCCCUCGUCGCCCUCCACUACGCCCUCCGCCGCCGCCUCUCGCCCCCGCGCGCGCUCAAGCGCGCAGCCGCUCUCUGCCUGCUCUACACCCUCGCGCUCACGCUCCUCACGCUCCCCGCGCCCCUUGCGCCGGCCUUCAGCCCCUGCGCUGCCCCGCGCGCGCGCAGCACGAGGGAACUGGGGGAAGAGGACGAGGCGGGCGGCGGAAAGGAGGUGGGCGGAGAGGAAUGGACGCGCGGAGAGGUAGAGGCAGGCGACGGCGCGGGGAACGGAAUUGUGGGCAGAGCGGAGAUGGCGGACGGGGAAGUGGGGGAGAAGGAAGGAGAGUGGAGGGGGGAGGAGGCGGUAGAGAGGGAGAGGAAUGCAGGAGAAUGGAGUGAGGAGAGAGCGUGGGAGACAGGGGAGGAAGGGGCGGGAGAAGACGAGGAGGUGAAAGAGGAGGGCGGCGUGCAAGCGGGACGAGGGGUGGCACGUGCACGUGCAGAUGAGGCGCAGUCAAAUCUCGGCAGUGCGGCCAGUGAUGCAGGAGACAGUGACAGCAGUGCCGGUGGCGGGGAAAGCAAGGAUGGUGGGAGGGGUGUUGACGCAGAGGCAGAGGCCACUCAAGGCACCACGCCCCUCCGCCCCACAACCCCUCUCACCCGGCCAGCCUCCCCUCGGCCCCCCCCACCCCUGCUCGCACCCUCUCCCCCACAUUCCACCCUCUCGCUUGCACCUCCCUCAUCACCACCUUCCUCUCCCCUCCAUCCUCCACCCCCUUCCUCCUCACUGCUCCCCGCUCUCUCCCCCUCCUCGCUCCCCGCCUCCCCCGUCGUCUCCAAUUCCUCAUCAACCCCCUUCUCCCCCUCGCCUCCGCUCGCCCUUUCCCCUUCCACCCAACGUGCGCGCGCGCGAUUCUUGCUGUACCGGCUGCUGGGCAACGACAUGGCGCCGCUGCAGUGCGGGGAGCAGCUGCUGCGCAACACGCUCUACUCGCUGCAGCACGAGCCCCCCCACCUGCCGGGCUGCCGCCGCCUCUGGGUGCUCAACCACCUCGUCAACGCCACCACGCAGGCCGCCACCGUCAAGGCGCUCAAGGACCAUGGCGUCAACGACCAGGACAUUCUCAUUCGCGCGCUCAAUCUUUCCCUCAUCGCCACUCUCGACCCCUCGCUGUGGACCAUUGCCGUCACCGCGCAGAACGAGGCGCGCAAUUUCAUGUUGGAGCACGGGCGGCGGGAGGGCGCGCAGUGGGUGCUGGCGUUCGACGGCAACCAGUUUGUCACGGAGGAGGCGUGGCGCCUCAUAGUGCAGGCGGCUGACCGCCACGAGAAGAGGGGCCUUAAGGUGUUCAAGGUGCCCAUGUACCGCGUGCACCAGGCGCAGGACCCCUCGUGGCUCAACGCCUCGUCUCUGUUCCUCCACCUGCGCCGCUUCGCCCCCCACCUGCACGAGAGCCAGGUGGCGUUCAGGGGGGACUCGCCGCACCGCUACCAGCCAGGCCUGGGGUACGGGCGGGACAACAAGAUGGAGCUGCUGGCGCGCGUGUGUGGGUCGGGCCGGUUCAGGAAGAAGCACUUCCGCAUGUGGCAGGUACAGGCCGAGCAGGAGAGGCAGGCCGCGCUGCAACAAGCGCAGGGUGAGCAGGAAGGGCAGCAGCAUGAGGAGGGACAGCAAGGGCGCGUGGAGGAGGAAGUGCGGGGAGGGGAAAGUGUGGUGGGAGUAGCCGGGCUGCCGGAGAUAGAUGAUGACGACGACGAUGGCGAUGCGGGGGGCGAUGGCGAGGGGGAGAGAGCGGUGGACAAGGGGCAGUGUGGGUGCCACAGAGAGGUGGGGCUGGAUGCUGGUUACCAGCGCGGCAAGCAGCUCGUGGCAUACGACUGCGGUUACACGAUUCGUCUGUGGUACUUCCCGUGUGCAGAGGUGGAUGUUCAUAAGAUGCUUCUCAAGGCGCAUUACAGGUCGCAACUGAGGGACGAGGGCACGCGACGACUGCACACUAUGAUAGAGCAGGCCAUUGCGGAGCCACACACACUUGAUCCACACCGAAAAAGAAUCAGCUGACUCGAAGGUCAUCAUGGUAAUCAUUGUAGUCACAUCAUUAUUCCUGGACCACUCGGAUGUAAGCACCAACUUUUUAUUCCCCCAAUGGGACACUCAUCCGGAGGCUACUCUCAAAGUGAACUGAAGACACCACGUCUAAUUGGCUGUUUCCUUGUAGUGGCGGUCUUUAUGCGAUCGCAGUGCCCCCAUCCAAGCGCCAUGCAG